AUGAGAUAUCGCCCGCGCCUGACACUAUCUUCGCUGCUUUUUGUCUUACAGAUUGCUUCAUCGCAAGAAAUAUGUGGAAAGUGGAGUGAAUCUGGCUCGUUCUCUGGCGUAUUGGAUAGAAGCUGUAAAUUUCAACUCGAAUCGAGAAACGGUGAACGCAUAAGUUUAUUGCUACCGGAUUUCUAUGAAAGAAGCGACGGUGCACCUUGCGAUGAAAAUUAUUUGGUCAUCGAAGCAAGCGGGGGUAAACGUUUAGGACCACUUUGUCUUUUUGGGGAUGAUUCGGCUAAUCGACGUUUACGAAGAUCCUCGCAAUCGCAGACAAAUCACGUGUUCCCUGAUAAGGCCGUAAAUGUCCAAUUUAUACGGGGUCCAAAUGGCGGCGCUAAAUUUGGAUUCGGCUUCAAUUUCAACUGGGAGCUGCUUCCUGGGCUGAACCCAAAGGCAUUUAAUCUUCCUAAAUCAACUCCUUCCCCGAAAUUAUGUCGACCAGGAGAAUUCUUGACGCGCUAUUCGAAGCACGCCGAUGACCGGACCCAAAUUUGGAAAGACAUUCGACUAUUUGGAAAAUCACUACUCGCAUUUGCUAAGACAUUCCAACGCUACCGGCCCUAUUGCAAGGAGACGGCCACGAUCGUCCCGUGCCAUUCUUUCAGUGAUAACACGAUCCAUGGCAUAGUCGAUCGACUUGACUUUGAACUGGCACAUACUCUCAGAAGAUGCGUCCCGAACUUCGGAUGGAAGUGGCAAGAAGCUAUUCAAAAAAUCAAGUCGCAACUUCCAGAGACAAGCACUGCCGCUCAAGAAACAAUUCAACCAACGAUUGCAAGUUCCGGAGAAAAUAAACAAGAACUUGGAACAUCAACAACAACAGAGUGGUGGACACACACCGAUACCACGGGCACGACGAGCACUGCCUACACGACUGACGAGCCGACAACGACUUCAACAACAACAACCUCUCCUCCGCCAACAACUACGUCCGAAGCUAUUACCUCAACUCCUAUGUUCAGCGAUGAGUAUGAACGGCCACAACUCCCACAAAAAUGCCCCUAUAAUUGGAUGUACAAUCUUUAUGGACGCAAAGGAGAAUGCGAUUUGAAGCACUUCGCAAUCUGCACCACCCCCGAGUUAGGCCGUCUCGCGAGCGGAAGCUGCCGCCGGACGGAGAUUGUGUUCAAGUAUAACGAGAUUGCUAGUGAAUUCAGCCGACUGGCCGCCGCUGGAAAGGGCGAUCGAAGCUGUAUCUAUGUCGUCGAAAGUUUGCCCUGCAAGAAUCUUCGCUACAAGCGAAUUCGCUCUGCGGAGGAUUUUUAUUUAGAAUUUGCGAACACUGCCGCCAUGGUUUUUGACGCAUGCGGCAAAGACGCGUACGAAACAAAGUGGCAAAAGCAACUUAACAAAUUAAAGGACUUGAUAUUUACGCCUUGCAGUGAUCGAGGCAUUGUUGACGAAUUACCUCAAAUCGAUAACACUGUUGAGGGCUUUUGCUCGCCGACAAAGUACGGCCCUAAAAAUUCUAACACUUUCCAGGACUCACUUUUGCUCGUCUCCAACGAGAGCGUGGCAGUUGAAAAGUUCAACCGAGCCGUGGAGAUUUUCGAAAGCGCUCCCUUCGAGUGCAAUUUGUCAAAAAACAAGGUCCCUUGUGAUUUGAUUAGGAUGCCUCAAAAUUCACCAGCGUGUGAAUUGGCAAUCAGAGUGUACCAACUUGGCGAGUACUUGCGGCCGAGAUGCUCUCUUGAGAUCGGAAAAGAAUUGGACCGCGUUACAGAUGAUCUUCUUACUGCCGUGGAGCCAGUAUCUGGGCAAUGUUCUGCAGAUGCAUUUGCAGCAAUUAAAUCGGCAAUGAGAAGGGGAGAAAAACUGAACAGUUCUUCUCAACUCGCUCGUUCGGAUUCGGAGGUAAGUCCCAGUAAAGGGCGAUUCUUGCCCGGUAGAAUGCUGUGCCUGCUCGACACAAACGUGAAGCUGCGCUAUGCUGUUGAAGUAUUUAAAAGCAAAGAAACUUCGAACAAAGACCAUGGCCAUCAAUUUGUCAAAUUCAAGAGCUACGUUGAAUAUCUACUGGAACGCAGAGGAUGUUCUAUAAACUGCGAAGACUUUAGCUCCCUCUUCUCAAUUGAAACGUCUCCAGUUCGCAACGUAGCCUCCCUUUUGAAAGCAGCGAGGAAAGCCGUGAAUCAAGUUGCGACGAGUUGCUUUUUGUAA